CGUUUGGGCUAAACAUCUUUAGCAUUACCCAUAACAGAGCCUAAGAAAUAUGUUGGGACAUGACAAGUCUCGACGUCUGCAUUACCUCAAAGUGGACAUCGAGGGAGCUGAGUGGGACGUUCUGGCGCAGGCGGUGAAGAAGGGAUGGCUCGAUGAAGUGCAACAGUUGGCCGUGGAGAUCCACCUGGAGGACCUGCGCGACCCAGAGCUGGGCGAGGCCGAGAAGAGGGACGUCGCUGCAGCCUACCUGGACGUGCUGGCCGGGCUGGAGGCGAGCGGCUUCAGCCUGGCUGCCUUUACCCCCAACAUCAGGAACCCCGAGGCGUGCGCGCUCGCCGGAGUUUCCGUUCCCUGCUACGCUGAGGUCCUGUGGCUGAGGCAGUGAUCUGCGAUUGCGAUUCGGUUAGAACAAUGCUGACUGCGGCUGUGAUCAAUCAGGUGCAUUUGCACACACGGACACA